UAGACUUACGAAAACCUAUAUAUACUACAUAUUCAUCACAUGGAACUCUCUCUUCAGUCAAAAGCUGAACAUUCUAGAAUGAUGUCUACAGCCUCUGUCUUGGCCUUUAUAGUGCUCUUCCAUGACAUACAGUAUGAUGUUCUGUGUCAGGGAGUAUUACCUCCAUGGGGGAUAACAGAUAAUAUUGAUUUAGGUAACGACACGACAGUGGUUGUUUCCCUUUACGUUACACAGUUCAGAAGUGUGCUUUUUGACGCAGAUAUGACCUUUGACAUUCUCCAGACUUGGAAAGAUCCAAGGUUUGAAAACGCUUCCCGCCAUCCAGACGAUUACACCAUAUACAAAGCAGAGGAAUUCGAGACUUUUUGGUUACCAGAUACAUACAUCGCUAAUGAAAUGCCCAAUGGAGUUUUCGAGACCACACCCACUGACAACAUUUAUGCUUACCCAAACGGAAGUCUCUUCUUAACAACGCGGCACUCCAUAGUAUUUCAUUGCGAUGUGAAACUGUUUGCCUUGCCAAUCAAAGACGAGACGUGCAAUCUUUUCUUUAAAAGUGCUUCUUAUUCAUCCAUUGAUCUGAAACUAAUGUGGAAAAAAGCUGCCGCAGUUAGAUAUUCGAAAAAUAUGGAGACGUACGCGGUUAAAAUUCAAAGAACAGAAACAACACUUUGUUCACAAGAAGAAUCGCAAUCCUGUCUCCGUCUGGUGUUGUAUGUUCAAAGAACAUAUCAGGUGAUGUUUAUACAAGUGUAUUUACCAAGCACCUGUAUUGUGUUUAUCACGUGGCUGGGGUUUUGGAUCCACCACACCGAAGUGUCGGGGCGAACUCGGAUUUCAACGAUAUCAUUGACUGCUAUUAUUGCAGAAAGUGUGGCCACUCUUGUUAUAAAUCCCGACCAGGUUCAUAUGGCUGCCAUAGAAGCGUGGAAUUCGGCGUGUUUUAUAAUAAUCACUUUGGCAUUUUUAGAAUUUGUCAUUGUUCACAAUUAUCACAGGCGACAAGAAAACAAGAAAAUGUCGUUAAAAGACGACCAGGGAAAGCAGAAGAAUUCAGAGACGCCAACUAAUAGUACCAACAACAACUCAAAAGUUACACAAAUCAACAAAAGAAGGAAUCUUUCCAAAUCCAAAGUAUCACCGGAAGUGAUCCAUGUCGUAGAAAUACCAAAUGAUACAACAGCCGACAAAGGAAAAUCCGGGAUAGCCCCAGAAACUAUAGACCGAAUUUCCUCUCUUGUCUAUGCUUUGUUAUUUAUAUCAUUUAAUGUUUACUACUGGUCAUUCUUUUUAACUGAAGCGGACAAGAAAUGAAAGUUAACAACUAGAAGGGAAAAUUUACAUGUAAACUUCAAUAUUUAUUUUAAAAUAUCAUUUUCAACCACGUUUGUAGUUGCUUGAGACAUUAUCCAAAAGAAUAAGGGUCGUCGAUGCAAAUUACCAUAUGCUUUCAACAGAGCAUUUACUUAGGGAAUCACAGUGCAAUUUGCUGUUUACAAGCCAGGAAUCACUUUAGCCUUUCUGUGACCAUGGCAUGCAUUAUAGCUAUGGUGAUAGUGUUUGAGCUGUUUUGUACUCUUUGCUCCCUGUCUUAUGAAUACUACUCCCGUAUAACACUGCCCGAGGAAUCGGUCAACAUCACUAACUUUUGCUUUGCUGUGCAUUUCUGCACACAUUAAACUAAAAUUGUGAGUAUAGAUUACAAACUAUUUGACAGUGCUUAAUCAUGAAAGCCGAAUCAGAUUUAGAUUAAGACACCAAGCCAAACGUGGGAGAUCAAAUGAUUCCGCUGCUUUUGUGAUUCUCUAAAUUAAGAAGACACCUUAAUAAAUUUCAUAGAUAAUGUUACCAAAAAUCAGGAAGUUCUUCAAAGAGUUACCAAUAUUAUAUUUGAUAACACAUCCAUUAGAAAUAUCAUUAAUUAAAGGUGAAGAUAACGAACAGUGUUCAAUCUCAUAACUCCUAUAAGCAAUACAAAAUAGAUAGUUGGACAAACACGGACCCCUGGACACACCAGAGGUGGGAUUGGUAAUUACAUCAUUUGAGGCGAUCACAACGGUAAAUAGUAAUCCCCACAGAAUAUUAAAUGACCCUGAACAGUAUUCGAGGAAACAACUGUCUCAAAUCUUCUGGUAUAGCAGGGACUACGGCGGAGGGAUAAGAAAACACAGACCGAAACGUCAGACUUGUUCUAUCCUCCGUAGAACGACCCUGCAUGCCAGUGCAAUCGUUAUAUCUCUCAUCGUCUGGGACCCAUACCUCAAUCAAGAAAUGGUUAUCCGAGAGAUGUUAUCGUUCGUUUUGUAAGGUACAAGGACCGCACCCGGGUAUAUGCAGUUGCAAACAAAAGUAACCAAACUUUUCACAAUGAGAUUGCAUCAUCAAAUAAGUUAAAAUUCAACACCAAGAGGAAGGACGUCAUUGCACUCGAGACUAAAAAACUGUAGAUCCUAUUAGACUUUUAAAGGUUAAGCCUUCGCUAAGAAUCUGAACACAAUUCGUGAUGAACCUGAUCUUUCAAUCCUUGAGAACAAAUCAAAUUCUGUGUGUUCAUCUAAGCUUUACAUCACAUCCCAAUGAAUCUGAAACUGCUACUGGGGGCACGCUAUCUAAAAUUUUCAAUGCAAUUAUGUGUCCUGUAUCUUCUUAUAACUCUUACUAGGUACACGGUACAUGAAAAAGUGAAUAUAACGAACAGUGAUCAAUCAAUCCCAUGUAUCCUAUAAAGGAUAUGAAAUGUAGAGCAGGACAAACACGGAUCCCUGGAAACACCAGAGGUGGGAUCAGGUGCCUAGGAUGAGUAAACAUUUCCUGUUGACCGGUCACACCAGCUGUGAGUCAAAAUCAGUAUCUUGUCAAAUAAAUGAUUUUAAGUAUUCAUUUCUUAAAUCUAAUUUAAGUAUUAAUUGGGUCCACUUAGGUUUCCCUGCUGAGAAUUAAGUUGAUUUCACUCAGCAGACGACAUAGGACCAACAAUAACAAUUGUAAUGACGAAACCUCUACCUCGCAACUGACUACCGGUAAGACCCUAGAUAUGUGUAUGAAAAGUGAAGAUAACGAACAGUGAUCAAUCUCAUAGCUCCUAUAAGCAAUACAAAUAGAUAGUUGGGCAAUCACAGACCCCUGGACACACCAGAGGUGGAAUCAGGCGCCUAGGAGUAAGCAUCCCCUGUCGACCGGUCAUGAGAUCAAAAGCACAAAAUUAUUUAGCUCCUAGUUCGUUAGGAAUAGUGUGAGCGGCUAACAAUUCUGGUGUUUUCUGACACAGCUUACAACUACCGAACCUAGCCAUCACGAUUCUCCACUCCUUUGCAAAAGUCACAGAGAUAUUGCCAAAAGUCACCAAGACAUUACUUGUGAAACCCAGUCACACAGACAAAGAACCCUGCCUGUGAACUAAAGGGAUACUGAGCUAUUCUGUUGCUCCGACUUCAAGUUCACUCUCAGAGUGAACGGAGUACCAGUAACUCAAUAUCGUGCUGUGGCUGUAUCUAUAUAUUUUGCCUCAAUUUGACUGGAAACAAGAGAAGAGAACGAACAGAGACCAAUCUCUUAAAUCCUAUCCUACACAAUUGAGAGUACGACAAUCACGGACACCUGGAAAAACCAGGGAUGGGAUCAGGCGUCUAGGAGAGUCGCCUUCACCUGUUGACCGGUCACACCCGCUGUGAGCCCGACAUGUAUAACUUGAUAGGUAAAAGGAGGAAUCCGUAGUCAAAAGGAGUCGUAAAGAUUAACAAUUAGUAUGGAACACGUCAAACAGCAUUCGACCUAAUGAUAGGUUGUAUUUGCAAAUUAGAUCAUUAUAACGUCUGUAGAAUUUCCUAAACGUUGACUUUACACAAGUCCCUGUAACAAUAUAUUUCUCAAUAGCCUUUCUAAGUAUAAAAGUUGAUCAUACUUUCAUGUAUCGAAUUAGAUGAUCUGUGGUGUCUUUUCUUUUGAGCUCAUUAAUUAUGCAUUAACUCCUAAAUGGUUAAUAGUAAAUUACUGUAAUAUGAUUGGCUAAUCAUUUGAGGCAUUUCAAUUCCACCCUAACCCUAACCCUAACUCUUUUACAUUGCAUAUACGAAUGUUAAGCAGGCUUAAAAUAAUACUUGUACAUGAUUCUAUGGUAUAGUCAAUAUACGUCACAAUCGUUAUUUUGUUUUUUAAAAUGUCUGAAAAUAUUAAUAAAAGCGCUAACGUUU